CGCAAUUAACCCCAAAUUCUUGUUACACACUUCAUAAUGUUUUCGUUUUUAAAGAAACAGGAUGUGAAGCAACCUGAUUUGUACACCAGCGUUUUGGAAGGCCUGAAGAACAUCUACAAAGAAAAAUUGUUGCCUUUGGAGGAAGCUUACAAUUUUCACGAUUUUCAUUCGCCUAAAUUGGAGGAUAAUGAUUUUGACGCGACCCCCAUGAUUCUGCUGGUCGGGCAGUAUUCCACUGGAAAGACCACGUUGAUUAGGUUUCUGUUGGAGAGGGAGUUUCCUGGGAUGAGGGUUGGACCUGAACCUACUACAGACAGAUUUGUAGCAGUGAUGUAUGACAAAUCGGAAGGUAUGAUCCCUGGAAACGCGCUUGUCGUGGACCCGAAACGCCAGUUCAAACCCCUCGCUAAAUUCGGCAACGCGUUCCUCAACAGGUUCCAAUGUUCCCUGGUCAACUCGCCAGUGUUAAAGAACAUGACCAUCAUAGACACCCCCGGGAUUCUCUCCGGGGAAAAACAGAGAAUCGACCGAGGCUACGAUUUUAUCGGCGUACUGGAAUGGUUCGCCGAAAGAGUCGACAGGAUUAUUUUGCUGUUCGAUGCCCACAAGUUGGAUAUUUCCGAUGAAUUUAGACGGACCAUCGAAGCUUUGAGAGGGCACGACGAUAAAAUCAGGAUUGUCCUGAAUAAAGCCGACGGUAUCGAUAGUAAUCAGUUGUUGAGGGUUUAUGGCGCCCUCAUGUGGAGUUUGGGGAAGGUUCUUAGAUAUCCUGAAGUUUCGAGGGUUUACAUUGGUUCCUUCUGGGACCAACCGUUACAGUUCGAUGUAAAUAGAAAAAUGUUCGAGGAAGAAGAACAAAGUCUGUUUAAAGACCUGCAAUCUUUACCAAGAAACACCGUGAUGAGAAAACUGAACGACCUCAUCAAGCGAGCCAGAAUGGCCAGGGUACAUGCCUACCUAAUCUCGGAACUGAAGAAAGAAAUGCCCAUGAUAUUCUUGAAAGAAAACAAAAAGAAUUACCUGAUUAAAAACCUGGGGCAAAUUUAUGUCAAGAUUCAAAGACAGUAUUUAUUUCCUGUAGGUGAUUUUCCUGACGUCAAAAAAAUGCAAGAGGUUUUAUCCAAGCAUGAUUUUCGUAAGUUUUCACAUUUGAAACAGACUCUCAUCGACGAGGUCGAUCAAAUGCUCAACUACGAAAUAUCUGCUUUGAUUACCCAAAUACCGAUCGAAGAAUCUCCUGAUAAUGUUAAAGGUGAGUCUUUUAACGUUUUUAUUAAGACAUUAAUUUAAUUUGUAUGAAUGUUAGGGGGAGCAUUUACGAGAGUUACCUCCAUAGAAUCUCCAUUUUCAUAUAUGAGAGGUAUUGGAGUUGACGCAGGAUCAGGAGAGGUUGAGUGGGUUGUUAAUAAGGACAAAUCAAAAUACGACAACAUUUUUGAUGAACUAUCUCCUAUAGAAGGAAAAGUUACUGCAUCAGCUGCAAAAAUAGAAAUGAUCAAAUCCAAACUACCAAACUCAGUGCUCAGCAGAAUUUGGAAGCUCUCUGAUUUGGAUAAAGAUGAAAUGCUGGAUUCGGAAGAAUUUGCGUUGGCGAUGCAUUUAAUAAAAGUUAAAAUUGAGGGGAAUCCAUUGCCUGAAGAAUUGCCCCCUCAUUUGAUCCCACCAUCGAAAAGAAAAAUGAGAUAAGGUGGAUUACAAUAUUUAUUUGUAAUUAUUUAAAGA